AUGGCGCCAUUACUCCGCCCCCGGUACACUCUUGCGAAGGAGAAGUUCUCUUCAUAUUUUGUGCCAUUGAAGAGUCAGCCAUAUAGUGAUGCGAGCGCUGCCUCUAGGGGAGGCGGUAGUCACCACAGCCUUCGCUCGAUCGCUUGGAACCCACUUGGCAGCCUUGUUGCGACGGGAGCUGCCGACAAGACUCUCCGAGUCUGGAAUCCCGAGAAACCAGCCGUCCGCUACUCGACUGAGCUGAAAGGCCAUUCGGCACCGAUAGAGAAGGUGGCAUUCAAUCCGGUCAAGGAUGCCGAGCUCUGCAGUCUGAGUAACGACGGCGCCGUCAAGUUCUGGGAUGUACGGACAAAGGCCUGCGUUAACGAGGUGAAGGGGCUAGGCCCCGCUAACUCUCUAGCCUGGGCCCCUGAUGGCAUGUCUCUAAUCGCUGGAAACAAGAAUGGCGAGCUCUUUCAGAUCUCACCGACACAGCCUAGCGUGGUUUCAACCCACCAACAGCCAGUUGAGACGAGCCAGAUGGCUUUUUGUUGGAGUGGACAAAAGAUCUUCCUCCCAACAAGAGAAGGAAAUGUGCGGAUUCUCUCGUACCCCGAGUUAGAACCUGUGCUCCACCAUAAUUUUGAGGUCGACCCGACGGAGUCGACCGAGUUCUUCCUCAAGGGACAUACAGCCCCGUGCGUGACAGCAGAGCUGUCACCGACGGGAAGAUAUCUGGCCACGGGAGGAGCUGACUCUGUCAUGGCUCUCUUUGACACCAAAGAUUGGAUCUGCCAGCGCACCGUCAGCAGCAUGGUAGGACCAGUCAAAAACAUAAGCUUUACCUUUGACGGAUGCUACGUGGUGGGUGGUUGCGAAGAAGGCGCUGGCUUGGAUGUGACGCAUACCGAGACGGGAGAGCUCGUCCACACAUUCAAGACGGCCGGGCCAUGUGAAGUAGUGGCGUGGGCCCCUACGAGAUACUGCCUGGCCUACAGUGACCUUGGUAUCCUGCGCAUCGUUGGAAUCGAUGCGGACAGGAUAUGA